UUAUCAACUUUUGAGAACCAUUUUUUGUGUAUUUUAUAGACCAAAGAGAUGAGUUUCAACGACCCUUCGUUAAACUCAAUCAUCCUUUGGUUCGCCGCCGUAACGUCUCUUUUAACAAUCUCCGUUAUAUUCAUCCUUCUCGUAAUCUGUUUGCUCAAACGCCGUAGGCUUGUUGAUGUAUCACCGGAGGCCGAUGACGACCACCACCACCACAGAAGAGAGCCACCGUGCCAAGGGCUUAGCGCUUCCGUGAUUGCCGCUUUUCCGACCUUUUCUUACAAAACGGAUAACAACGAUCCCGAGAGCAACGAUCAGGAGAUAGAGUGUCCGGUUUGCUUAGGGUUAAUCCCCAAGAAUGUUGUGAUUAAGGUUUUACCAAAUUGUAUGCACAUGUUUGAUGAAGAAUGUAUACGUAGGUGGCUUGAAUCGCACACAACUUGUCCUGUGUGUCGUGGAAUUGCUGAGCCGAAGCCGAAGGCUAGCACUGGCGAUGACGUCUUAAAAAGUAUAGUAUAGCUGAUUUAUGUCA